UGAAAUUAGCGCGAGGGUGGGGGCUCACCACGAGGCACACCUGAGCAGAAGUUGUUUUGCAGGCAUGAGAAAUCACAGUGAGAGCAACGCUGUAAGUUAAUAGAUAAUCGAUAUAUUGAACUAAGAUGUUAAUGCCGAUCCUGUUAGAAGUAACGACGGUAGAUAAUGUUUAUGCUUUCGUUAGUUAAAGAGUCGCGGAUAGUUUGCAUGGAAGUGUAUUUAAAGUAGUCAAUGGAGCAGGUAAACUCUCCCUGUAUACUGCACCUUAGUGUAAUGUAGUUAUAGUCACCUUUGCAAGUAUUUACACUUGAAAUGUGAUAUUAAGGAAGGAACAAAUACUGUAUCAAUCUUGUAUUGUUUUAUCAACAGUUUUCACCAUAUGUUAAUGUGAAGAGUGAACAGUAAAUGGUUAAUCUUACUGCGAUCUGGUUUGCAUUGGCUGUGGUUUAUCCGGACGUUAAAUUCGGCGUUCGUUACACCCGAAGGAGAACGUUACAGUGAAAAAGCGGCAUUAUCAGGUGUUUCAAGUGCUGCAAUGUCAGCUCGAUCCGGGAUCAAGUCGAUGGCGCCCAGCGACAAGGGCAGUAGAACGACAUCAAGUAAGUCCACACAGGCAAGAGCCAAGGCAGAAGCCGCCAAGGUGCGACUGCAUUACGCCAAACAAGAAGCAGUUUUGAAAAUGAAACAGGCCACCAGAGAAGUCGAAAUCCAGAAAGAAAAGGCCGCCAGAGAAGCCGAAAGGGCCGCCAGAGAAGCCGAAAGGGCCGCCAGACAAAGAGAAGAGGCUGCCAGAGAAGCCGAAACCCAGUUGGAAAUGACAAAAAUAUCGACAGAGUUGCAAGUGCUGCAGCGAGAAAGAGAAGAAGAAGCUGCCAUGGUGGAAGCAGAGAACAUAGAAGAAGCUGAAGGGUCGCAUGAUCUGACCGAAACAAGUUCUGCUUUAGAAAGGACCAGACUGGAACACACGAGCGACUAUGUACAAUAUCAAGCAGACAGGCAGGCUCGUCUCCCCUCUCCAUACCUAUUCGAUAACUUCCCCAGCUACGAGGAAGAGAAUUUACCCUCGCGGCUCCGCGAUGAAGUCAAGAAUGAAAGAGCUGACAACCGAUAUUCUUUGACACCAAAGUUACAAAGUUCGAUGCGAAGAGACGCGGAGGUUGAAUCCAGGAUGGCAAAUUCCAUGAGAAACGUGCGUUCUCAGUCAUAUAGGCGCCAACGUACUUCUCCAGCCCGCAUGCCGCUCGCAGCCGAUCCCACGCUGCAGUAUUUAGCACGACUGGAUCUCGUCACUUCGGGACUGUACCUGUUUGACGAUAAACCCGAAAAUUACCGUGCUUGGCACUCCACAUUCACCAACGUGAUCGACGGGGUCCAGCUCAGUGCAACCCAAAGGUUGGACCUUAUGGCGAAAUGGCUGGGGAAAGAAUCACGCGACCAGGUGAGACGCAUGCGUUCAGUGUACAUCAACAAACCCGAGCUAGCCUUAAGCGAAGCGUGGGAGAGACUUUGGGAGAGAUAUGGGGCCCCCGACAUUAUUGAAGCGGCGCUAUAUCGACGUCUGGAAAACUUUCCUAAGGUGUCAGCCAAAGACCACUUUAAGUUAAGAGAAUUCGGAGAUUUACUCAUGGAGAUCCAAGGCGCCAAAGAAGAUGGCUAUUCAGCUGGUCUAGUAUACCUAGAUACUCCAUCCGGGAUUAGACCAAUUGUGGACAAACUUCCAUUUGGGCUGCAGGACAAGUGGCUGACUGUUGCCUCAGAGUACAAGGAAGAACACGGUGGUCGAUUUCCUCCCUUUGAGCACCUCACUGAGUUUGUGCGCAAGGAGGCGAAGAGGCGAAACGACCCUAGCCUCGUGGGUCCAGGUAGAUCCUCUUCGAAUGUUUUCAACAUUGAUAAACCCGUGUCAGUGCUCAAGACCGAAGCCCUUACAACUAACAACGACCCUGGCAAGUAUUGUCCAUUGCAUAACAAACCUCACCCCCUGAAAGCAUGCAGAAUGUUUAGGGAAAAACCCCUUGAAGAGAGGACGGCUCUUCUCAAGGAGAAAAGAAUAUGUUUUAGAUGCUGUUCCUCAACCUCUCACCUCGCCAGAGAAUGUACGAUCGCCGUAAAGUGUCCGGAAUGUGAUAGCCCAGAUCACGUCGAGGCCAUGCAUCCCGACCUGUCACCGCAAACCGACAGCGCUCCUUCACCCCCACAACAGGACGGCGGGGAGGGAAAGGCUCACUCUGGGUUAACAGUUGUCACCUCGAACUGUACAGAAGUCUGCGAUCAAGCUCAGUCAAGUCGUUCUUGUUCCAAGGUCUGCCUCACUAAGGUGUACCCUAAAGGAGCCAAAGACAAGGCCAUCAAAGCCUAUGUGAUUCUGGACGAUCAGAGCAAUCGUUCACUAGUCAGUCCGGAGUUCUUUAAAUUGUUCAACAUUGAGAGUGAGCGGUUCCCAUACUACCUCAAAACUUGCUCAGGCAACAUGGAAACCCAAGGAAGGAAGGCAGAAGGCAUCCAGAUCGAGUCCCUGGAUGGUAAAGUCGUCAUCUGUCUCCCUCCGCUCUUAGAGUGCAAUGAAAUCAUGAAUAACCGCGCUGAGAUCCCGACACCAAGUGCGGUGCUACACCAGCCGCAUCUCCACCACAUCGCCAAACACAUCCCAGAACUGGAUCCGAAAGCGGAAAUACUCCUGCUAUUAGGAAGAGAUGUUAUCCAGGUACACAAGGUUAGGCAGCAGAUCAAUGGACCACUCGACGCCCCAUUCGCGCAACGUCUGGAUCUGGGCUGGGUGGUGAUAGGAGAGGUGUGUCUCGGUGACGUACACAAACCGAUGGUUAACACACUCAAGACCAAUGUGCUAGAGAGUGGCCGCCAUUCAAUCUUUCAACCCUGCCCGAGUGUCCCGUGCAUCAAGGAAGCACAACAAGGCGUUAACAAGCGCGAGGCAAGCGACGAGUCGCUGGGCCAGUCAGUCUUCGCUCUAACGAAGUAUGACAACAAACUUGCACAAUCAGCUCAAGAUACCAUUUCUUUAAAAACCAAAGACACCAAGGUCUUCAGAGAUGAAGCAAAUAAUGGGGUUGCCCCAUUGCCUAUCAGAGAACCAUGCCAGCGCUCACCAGAUAACAAAGAGCAGGCAGUCAAACGGUUCACGUCCUUACGGAAAACCCGGAAAAGGAAACCUGAGAUGCAGCAACACACCCGAUUGGCCCACGAGGUACUGUGCACCCUAAUGGCAGAGGUCACAGCCAUUAUAAACGCACAAUCAUUCCUACCUGUGUCUUCCGACCCAGAAAACCCCUUUAUACUUUCGCCAUCAACGCUCCUUACGCAGAAGGCAGGAGCACCUCCUCCACCAGGAGACUUCUCAGACAAGAAUUUGUACACAAAGCAAUGGAGACAAGUCCAGGCUCUGGCAAAUCAGUUCUGGUCCCGCUGGAGACAGGAAUAUCCACCCUCGUUGCAACAGAGACGAAAGUGGACAGAACCCCGCAGGAAUCUUCAAGUUGGAGACUUAGUCCUGCUCAGGGACAAGCAAGCCACCCGCAACAGCUGGCCAACGGCCAGAAUCACUGCUACAUUCCCUAGCGAGGAUGGACAUGUCAGGAAGAUCGAAUUGAAGACUACCGACCAAGGCGAUGUGAAAAUUUACCAAAGGCCAGUUACAGAAGUUAUUCUACUUCUACCCAAUGACUGAUUAAGAGACUAAGUUUGUACUAUGCUCAUUAUGACCUUACGAAGGUCAAGCGGGGAGUGUGCUGUCUUUACGACAGUUAUUUAGUUUAUAAUAUUUUCGCUUAGUAAUUCAUUCAAUAGUAUUUUCUAGUUAGAAUUAGAAGUGUUUAAAGUAUAUUCAUUGCAUGUAAAAUAUAUCGGCAUGCGAUGACGUCACAUCCGGUUUCGCCGCGUCUUGUGGGAAAACACCGGUUUGAAAUUAGCGCGAGGG